CUUAAGCUCUACAGACCUCAAAGCAUUCAUGAAGAAAAUAGCCAUAAGUGGAGGCCCAAUGCUAGGAUUUUUCAUCACAGCUGUCCUGGUGAGACUUCAAGAAACAUGGGCUAUCAAAGAGGAACAUAUGAUCACCCAGGCUGAGUUUUUCAUGGUUGAUGACAAAAUACCGCCUGAAGAAGAAGGCGAGUUUAUGUUUGACUUUGACGGUGAUGAGAUUUUCCAUGUGGAUAGGCAAAAGAAGGAGACAGUCUGGCGGCUUGAAGAAUUUGGACGUUUUGCCAGCUUUGAGGCUCAGGGUGCACUGGCCAAUCUGGCUGUGGACAAAACCAACCUGGGCAUCAUUAAGAAGCGCUCCAACAAUACCGCAAGCGCCAAUGUACCGCCAGAGGUGACUAUAAUCUCAGAAAAUCCUGUGAAACUGGGAGAACCCAAUAUCCUCAUCUGUUUCAUCGACAAGUUCUCCCCACCAGCCCUCAAUGUCACGUGGCUUCAGAAUGGAAAACCUGUCACCGUGGGAACCUCAGAGACAGUAUUUCUGCCCAGGAAGGAUCAAUUUUUCCGCAAGUUCUACUAUCUUCCCUUCAUACCCUCAACUGAGGAUGUCUAUGACUGCAAGGUGGACCACUGGGGGUUGGAACAACCUCUUGUCAAGCACUGGGAAUUUGAAGAGUCAACCCCCCCUCCAGAGACAACAGAGAACAUGGUGUGUAUCCUAGGCCUGGUCGUGGGUCUGGUGGGCAUCAUCGUCGGAACCAUCCUCAUCAUCAAGGGUGUGCACAGAGGCAAUGCUGUUGAACGUCGAGGACCUCUGUGAGGCACCUGCAGGUAAUGGAUUUUCUAACGAAAAGAUUGGCGAAGAAAAUUCUGCUUUCACAACACUAUCAACCCAGCAAUACUUCAACUUUUUACAGUGAAGACAACCAUUCUUCACCAAUUUCCAGACCUGUAACUUCUCUAAGACUGAGGAUGCCUUCCUGAUCUCUCCAAAGUCUAACAUAUACUAUUGCUUUGUCUAUUACCCCAUCUUGGGUAAUUUCCCUUUACUUCCUAAUAUGUUCUUAUUCUUACCAUAUAUUCCCACCCAUAAGACAUAUAGGAUGACCCCAUAGGAAUGUUCUUUGGUGGCAUCUCCUAUAUAUUUAUUGCUUUGGGUUUUUUUAAAUACGGUUGUGAUUUUUCUGAAUAUAAUAAACUAUU